AUGGCAAUCAGAUUGAAGCUGAAGGUACGUCGGCCGACGGAACAGCGCUCGCGGGUCAAUGACCUCCGGAUUGUCUUGCAGUGUGAUCGAGUGUUCCCAUGCCAGUCCUGCUGCAAGCGAGGAUGUGCGGAAAUAUGUCCAGAUGGUGCAUUAAUUGGGGGCAAAGGCAGCAGAUUUAUCCUCGCAAACACUGAACAGCUGCACGAGAAGAUCAAGGCUAUGGCGGAGCGUAUCCGUCAGCUCGAGGAUGGAUUAGGGUCGAUCCAAUUACAACAUUCGUCUGAGCCUCAUCCAUUGCUCCAACCAGAGCUACUAACAAUUAAGCGAUCGCCUGAAUUAUUCGGUGUCGAGCGCAAUGGACAAUCGGGACCACACUCAGAUAGCGGACGUAGUCACGAAGAUGACCACCAUGGCUCGAGUUCCUCGUCACCUCGAGACAUCGGGCUCGAGGUAAGAUGGUCAUUUCCCAGCGCAUUUGAUACGGGGGAGCUUGUUUCGACAAGUGCUAUGUCGACUAGCCUUGGCCUACCGUAUGACAUUGCAAAACUCAGCCGCUCAUGCCCUGUCCCCAAGUCCGUACACACUGAUCUCGACCCGCAAUUACGACAACGCAUCCGCGACAUGCUUCCGCCGCGACAUGAGGGCCAGCGUCUGUGCGAACAGGCACAGCUGAACGCAUUCUGGCACUAUAGCCCCGACACCAGCGAGAGCUUCCUUCCGAAUCUCAUACACAGUGUAUACACGACACCGCUGGAUGCGCUCCUGCCUCAUCGACUGAGCCUAUUCCUGAUGAUCCUCGCCAUCGGUGCUGCAGUUGAUCUCUCGCCGCACCGCGAUCCGCAGACAGCGGAACGGUACCACCAUCUCGCGCGCGCCGCGGUCUGCGAGACCGCCGUCAUUGACGAUCCAAGCUUCGACACCAUCAAUACUUUGUUUUACGAAAUAUGGUACCUACUCAUGUUUUCUAAUCACAAGAGAGCGGCGGAACAUGCGUGGGGCAUUAUGGGUUUGUUAGCGAAGCUCGCCCACAGUGUAUACCGCGAAGGUGCAGUGAAGAUGAUCCCUGAGGAGUUGGACAAGCGCAAGGCCCUUCUUUGGAACAUGAUGAACGUUGACGUCCGCCUGGCCCUCAUGCUCAGGCGGCCGCCCUCCCUCUGCAUACAGCACGUGGACGUGAAACGGCCCGCGUACAUGUUUGACACAUCGGGGACAGGGUUGAACUUGACAGCAGUAUAUCAUGGCUGGCGAGACGCCUUUCUUGCACAGUGUCAGUACCCUGUGCUAGAAAUGAUUGUGUCGCCACAGCAGCCUCCCUAUACGGACGUUCUGGACCUCGAUGCCAUGAUACGUAAUUAUGAGGUCCCCCAGGUUAUGCGCAUGGUCGACAACGCGGGAGCGGUGCCGCCGCACCCUCUGAGUAUGCAACAAGUGCUCACGCUAUGCACUCGUGAAGUUGCGCUUCUCAACCUACAUAGAGGCUUCUUUACCCAAGCGCUCAGUAUCACAGAAGGCUUCACUGUGAGGCAUAGAUAUGCGCCAUCCGUACUGGCGACAUAUGGGAGCAUCAGCAACUACCUAUGGGCCGUGCAAACGUGCUACAAGUGGCAACCAGAGCUGACCUUGCGCUUCGCGGCGCUCUGGCACAACGUCCUGUCAGGAGGGCUCGCCCUCUGCUUGCUUUUGGGGCGCGCCCCAAGCUGUCCCCUAUGUCCUCACGUCAACAUCCAGCUGGACAACGUACGGUCACUCUUCAUGGAGGUGCGGGACCGCUGUCCAGUAGCCGCUAAGGCGCUGCUACCUUUGGAAGCAUGUGUGGCAAGAGCACGUUCGGUCUACAUCGACUGGUGCCGGGGCUCAAUCGACCGGUUCAGCGAAACACCAAAAGAGGACGACGAGAUCUGCAUUCUCGCCCGCCGCGCCGGAUUGGUCCCGGAGCGGGAGGCGACCGUUGUGCCACCGCCGGAGGACCCCAACCCGUUCGAACUUGCACACCCGUCGCUGCGGCGCUGCUACGAGCAGUUCAUCGCCAAAGUGCCGUCGACGUUCGUCGACCCACUGCCGGGGCAGCUGGAAUCGAUGACGCAGGCGUACAGCACGUCGGCGGAGCGGACAAUGCAUGUGGACGAUCUGAACGGUGGCAAGGACCCGUCGUCGACGCAAACGGUGUAUAAUGCGGGGUUGGGCUCGGGAUUGGGCUCGGAGUUUACGGUCAGCAGCUGGAUGACGUAUUUCUAA